CCUAAAUUAUCGUGACCUCUAACCUUUAUUCAUUAGGAUAAAAAGGUGUGACCUUCAAUGACCAAACCGUAAACGGACAUAAGACGACAGGAAUAUCCAGCGAGAGCAGCAGACACGAUGCUGCUUCGGGGCUUGCUUCUGUUAGGUCUCAUUGGGGUCUAUGUUGUACCAGGAAAUGAGGGGUUUAUUGGGGACUUUUUCGGUGAAUACAGAGAUAUAAUGUCAAACUGUCGUAGAGAUGGCGGAUACUGCAUUAAUCCCUACAGAAUGGCUGCUAGUGAGCAAGAAACCGAGGAAGCUGCCGCAGGAGCAGGAGGGGCCGGGGCAAAUGGAGCCGCUGGAGCACGGGGGGCCGGGGCCGGUAGAGGAAGAGGUGGGCCUGGAGCCAGAGGAAGGGCCCCUGCAAGAAGAGUUGAUUUCUGGGGAAUAAUCUAUGAAAAUUGUCUCUCCUGGGACUAUGACUUUGGCUGUAACAGACAAGGAGGCAUCUGCUGUUACAACUACUAGACAUAGUAAAGGUAGAGAUUUUAUCUUUCUCAGAAGUGUAUGUGUAGUGGGUCCUAUCGCACGUCUCGAAUC